CAAAAAAAACCAAAAGAAAUCGAAAGAGAAAGUAAUCAUAAUUUUUUUUUUUUUUUUGAUUGUCGGAUGCAAUUAAUAGCAAAAACUAUCAGUUUGUUCCACGUACAAUCAACUUUGUGUUUCCGUGUUUUGUGUAUGUGUGUAAAUAUUCUCUACAAUCAUUAUCAUCACAUUAUUAUAUUUUCAUCAACAUUAAUUUGCAGAUGAAUAUUGUUAGAUUAGUUCAUCACUACUAAUGUAAUUCAUCUAUUCGUAAAAAAAAAUUAUUGAAAAAAUAUUUCGACAAUGAAUACUGAAUCCAUUUAUUUGGCGGUUUUUAUCUCACUUUUAACAAUUUCAUCAGCCCGAGGUAACUUUGGAUACGGACAACAAUAUGGCAAUCAAGUUUGCGAUAAAAAUGUUCAUCAACGAGCAAAAGAAAUGAUUCGUGUUGAAAUGCAACGUAGUCAACCGGUAAAUAGUGGAAACCCACCUUACGAUUCGAGAUAUCCGGGUUUGACAAACAGUUAUCAAGUCAACAAUUAUACCAACAAUCGUAACUACCUCUCUGAUCAAUUAAAUGAUCAUCAAUGCAAGUUGAUGAGACAGGCUUUCGAUGAUUUGCUUAUAAAUACACCAUUAUGCGAUCCUAUUGGUUCCUACCAAUUUCAGGCAUCAUCAGAUUUGAUACAACAAGCUAGAAAUUUCCUAGUACAACAUUGUGAAAGAAAUCAAGGCUGGCGUUACGCUCAAUGUUUUAAACGUAGAGAAAUUGUUGAAUGCGAAAAUCAAUAUAAUUAUCUUAAGUCAAGAACAGUCGAUCAAGGACGAAAUUAUGCUCGCCAUAACAAUAAUCAACCGAUUAGUUAUGAGCUUUGUCAAGCUUUCGAAACAUUUCGCAAUUGUGUCAUAUCUCAAAGCCGUUCAUGUUAUACAACUGAUUUGGAUUUACUUGGUACAUAUUUUGUCGAUAAAGCUCAUAAUGUAGCUUGGUCAUGCCUUCCAUCACAAAUUACAACCAUAUCAGAUUCAUAUUCACGUCGAACUGAUCUAUCAUAUCCACCAAAUCCUGGAAGUGGAUAUUAUCCUCAACCACCUUAUGGCCAAUAUCCAAACAUUCCAAAUCCAAAUAACAAUCCUAUGAUGGCUACAGUUUCACCAUAUCAAACACAGAAUCAACCAUUCCCAAUCGAAACAAUUGACCGUGCUGGAGUUGGUGGUGCCUUGUCCGGUAUACAUACCGGUACAGUUACCGUUUGUAUUGAACGUGUUCGUCCAUUCGAAAAUUCUUGUCUUGAUCAUUUGAUAAUGCGACAACGUGAAGCACGAUAUGGCCGUAGUAGUAAUGAUGUUCAACGUCGUAUAUGCUGUGCUUUGUUUCGCUAUCGUGAUUGUUUGAGUCGCGUUGUUUUGGAACGAUGUUUUGAUAAUUCAAGAGUUACCGUUGAUAUACUUAUGGGCGAUCGAAAUCGUGAAAUAACUCAAUCUUGCCGAGAUGUUACCCGUGACCAAUGUAAUACCGCCAAACAACUGUUCGUCUCGUUCAAUUUAAUGGUCAUUUCAUUGAUUACUAUUUCUAUACUAAAUAACAUUUUCCGGUAAUCACAUGAUUUAUGUUGAAAUUUUUUUUUCUAUUUCGAUGGCAAUUAUCUAUUUGACAAACACGUUAAUUGAUUUUUGAUCAUUAUUUACUUUAUUAAUGUUAUUGGCCAAUAAAACCAAAGAUGUGACGAAUUUUGCAUUCAA